AUGGCUUCGACAUCGCCGCCGUGGCAACCACACGGCCAACGACGGGCUUGGGAUAUCAACCUUCAUGGCUGUUGCGAGGAUCUCGACGAGAGCUCCCGAACGGACGUCGGUGACCAUGGAUUUCUGGAGCAAGGGGUUCUGGAAGAACGCUCUGGGACGAAUGUCGGUGGAAGAGCGUAUGUCUUUCUAGACCAAGGAGACUCGGAUGAAGAUGAAGCUAUUGGCGGAAACGCGAAUGGGAUCGGGAUCGGGAACGAAAGCAGGAGCAGGACCGUCGGGGGUGCCAAUGCACCUGCCGCUCCCGAGGGUCAAAUUCGAGAUAAAGGUAAUUACGAGUGCAGGCACGACCCGCAUGAGGUAUCGUUGCAACAGGGGCAGGAGCCAAUUCAACUUGAAAUCUAUCAACACCAGCACCAGCACCAGCAACAGCAACAGCAACAGCAACAGCAACAGCAACAGCAACAGCAACAGCAACAGCAACAGCAGCAGCAACAGCAACAGCAACAGCAACAGCAACAGCAACAGCAACAGCAGCAGCAGCAGCAGCAGCAGCAGCAGCAGCAGGACCGCCGCAAGCAUCCCGAUGGCAAUCAUAGUCAUAAUCAUAGCUACAGUCACUACCGUUGCCGGCAAGGUGCCCAACAUCCAUUGGUGACGCCAACCGUCAGGAGUUUGUGUCCUUCGGCAGACACCUCGUCGAGCACCGACGCAGCAUGGCCUUCCCCGCCCUGCAGCAGCUUUCCCAUGAGUAACCUGACGGAUCCCAUCUUCCAGGACCUUGACCGAAACUCACGAUACUAUCUAGCCCACUUUGCCAAUUGUGUCUGCAAGGACCUCGUCGCUCGGGAUGCCCCCGGCAGUAACCCAUUCCGCGAGCUCAUCCCGCUCACCAACAGGCAUCCUCUGCUCCUCCACAUUCUCGUAGCCACGUCCGCCAUCCACUGGUCCAACAUCUUCCGGCCCAUCACCGCCGUCCAUGCGGGACUCAACGACCCUGGUGCCUACCUCGCGCACCUGAGGGCCAAGGACGUCGUUUCUCGUCAGGCCCUUCUCGAUGCUCUCAUCGCCAAGCAAAAGGCCAUGUCUCACCUCCAACGCGUCCUCGACACCCUUGAGCCCGCGGGAAGCGAGGUGGCGCUGGCGGCCGUGCACUUUUUUGUCAAGUUCGACCUCAUCGACCUCGAGAGGAACGACGACAAGGGCUGGCAGGCCCACCUCGAAGGCGCAAGCAGCAUGCUCUCCCUUCUCGCCCCCGAAAGUGUCGCCGGUUCGUCGGGCAGGAUGCUGCGGGACUGCGUCGUAACCGACUGCUUCAUAUAUCACAUCCUCGGCUCCACCCUCGCCUCGCCUUCCCUCGCCGCCCGCAUCGCUCGAUAUGCAUUUGAGCUGCUGCCCGUCAUGAAGAGGACCGAGGUCAACUGCUAUCUCUCUUGCCCCGCCGAGAUCCUUCAAGUCAUCCUAGCCGCCUCCCGGCUCUCGUACGAAACGCCCUGCACGGACUGGUCCCUGUCGGCCGCCAACGAGGCGCUCUCUCUCAUCGAAAAGGCCCUUCUCUUCGACAUACCCGCCUGGGCCUCGCAGCUGAGGCGCAUGCCCAACGUGUCCGACAUCGAGAGUCGUGCCCAUGUCGCGUCGGCACACCGUUCGGCCGCCUGCCUGUACAUCGUCCAGGCGCUGCCCUUGGCACGGGCCGCCGGUCGAGUAGACACCGACUCUCUCGUGGGGGACAUUCUCAGCCACCUGAGCCAGGUGGACGUUGGCGACCCCUACUUCAAGGCUACCUCCUGGCCCACCUUCAUCGCCGGUGCCGAAACGCGCGAGGCCGAGAAGAGAGCCUGGUCGCUGAAGCGCCUCUUUGCCAUCUGGGAGACAUGCUCGUGGGGCUACAUCUUCACCGCCAUCGAGAUGCUCAAGGCGACGUGGAGAAUGCAGGAUCGCCAGCACGAUGACCCAGGCGCCGGUGUGUUAAAUUGGUUGCAAGGUCUCAAAGAUAUGGGGUUUGACUACUUGAUCGUAUAG